AUGUCGCAAAUUCCAGAAAUUCCCCCUCGCGUGUACGCCCGUAUGCCCAAGAGGUGGCAAGAGGCCGUUGACGAAAAGCGCGAAAAGUCCAGGAGUGUUAGCUCGGGUGCUACGCCAAAUUACCGAUCGGUCUCUGACUUCUUGGAAGCGAAAGUCCAAGCCCAUGGCUGUGAACUCGACUACAUUGAAACUGCCUAUCAAGGGUUGCAACAUACCUUUGAUUCCGAGCAGCUCUCGCCAGAGGAGUUCCGGACCGCCAUAGGCCCGUUUUUGUCCAGUACUAAACGGGCGAAUGAGCAACUUGGAACAAUCUGCAAGCAAAGAAAGAUCCUCGAGGAGGAUAUCGAGGAAUCUGUUGCAACAAAGCGCCCACGACAUGGAGAAAUAAGCCUUGAGACGCUUGAACGGGCAUAUUCUUCCAGCCUUACGGAAAGAGUCAUGGCAGCUCGCGCAAAGCAGCCAGGUCGGCAGCAGCCAUUCUCUGCACGAAACUUCAAGAAGGCUGUGAAUGAUUAUUACGGCAUUAACGCCAAGAAUGGAAUCGAGUCCGAGGCUGGUUAUUGCCAUGUACUAGGCAAAUUCGACGCCAAAGACAUCAAAGCCGCACAUGUAGUGCCAAAAAGCUUGAGCACUGACGAGAUAGCGCCCCUGUUUGGAGUUAGACAGCUUGUAGCUAAAGAUCCUCGGAACGCUGUGAGCCUGCAUAAAUCACUUGAAGGAGGCCUAGAUAGCGGAAAGAUCGACAUCCACGAGAGGGAACUAAGAUUCCUUAAUGAUAACCGCCCCGCUAAACGAUUUUUAUAUUUCCGGUUCAUCAUAACCUACAUCUUCCGCAAAAGAGAGGAUUCUCCCGGCAGCAGGUUAUUCACCGAUCAGGUAGAGAGUGAGAAAGCCUUUUGGCCAAGCCCUGGAGAAUACUUGGAGAAAUCAACCCUUAAAGCUUUGGCAAGAAACAUCUCAGGCUGCGAGCUCCCCGCCUCUCUCACUGCACAUACAACCUUCGAAUCUAGUGGGGAAUUGUCCAAGGCAUCCGAUGUCAAUGCCAUCAUGCGGACAACGCAAAGUAUCAUAGAUGUCAUAUCGGGUAGCAUACAAUCGACUAAGGCUAGGGAAGAUGAGAGUCAGACUGGUACCGAAGAUGCGGAAGAAGACGAAAGUGACGACGUUAUGUAUCAUAGCUGCUCUGAGUACUAG